AUGAGAAAGACCUGUGAAAGAAAAACCUGGCGCAGUUCAUAGCGUCAGUAUGGUUCUAUUUUUUUUUUUUGUAGAUGUAGACAUCUUUCUGUUACAUUUUGUAGCAGGCUCUGUGUUACAUAGAUAGUGAGAAUCAGCUCUUUGUCACAUUUUGCUCAUUUCCUGUGUGGAGUUUCAAACUGUUUUAGUGAGACUAAAAAAAGACAAAAGGAGGAGUAAGAUCACAGCUCGUUUUUGCCACACACACUCUGUAUAAAUCAACUGUUCUGAAGGGGUGAAUUUUUUUUCACCAUACUGUUUCAGAAUUGUUUUGAAAGGGCGUUAAAGAGUAUUUUAAUGCACCGUUUUGCAUCCUGCUUCUACUGAGGUUCAUCAGUUCCUCUCUUAAAUUCUGUUUCUUUAUAUAGAAGAAAGAGGGAUGGGGGAGGGUUUUUUUUUUUGAUGAGUGUGUAGUUGUCCUAAUUUUUGGUACCUCUGCUGAUUUGCUUUUUAAAAACUUUCUGCUUUCUUCUAAGUGUUCUUAGAGUUGAAAGUAGGAUACCUCCUUUGGGAAUGGAGUCUGCAUUCUGUAAACACAAGAUGUGGAAGAUAUUCUAACAGAUAAACUGCAGCCCUAACAUAAUUUCUGAGUUGUGCCAUUUAACUGUUACCUUAACAUACCCAACUAACAUCAUUAAUUACAUUUUCAUUGAAAAAGUUUUACAUACAAAACUUGUAAAACAUGCAUACUCACAGAUGAGAUAGCAGUAUCCUAAAGGCCACAAUAUACUUGCGCCAAAGUUCAGCACAACAUCAGAAAAAAUUUCCAUGUCAUAAAAGGUGAAGUCCCAGAGCACACACAGCUAUUACAUUACUUUCAUGCAUUAAGUGCACACUCUAUAGUUAUAGUUAUAGUUGUCAACCUUGAAGUAUAUAGUAUAAAGUUAUAAUUGUUUUAAUUCUUUGAAAAUUGUGAUUCCAUGAAUCCAACUACAACUGUAACGAUAAUGAUGCAGAAGAAUAAUAUCAUUGGAAUCACGUUCAGAACAUUUUUUUUAGCCUAUUAGCAAUAAGAACAUUGAUUAUCAUUAAAAUUUUGAGGAUUUAAAGUAACAGACAACAAAACUGCAGUGUAUGGCUAUAAUAAACAGACCAUUAUCAUAAUUAUUUUAACAGUUAAAAUUCUUGGUGUGAACAGGCCUUAAGAAGACUUUAAUGUAACAUCAUUUAAUGAAUCAUUGUUUAAUUAGGGAAAGAUUUCAUAACACCUUGUUUCGUUUUAAAUGUUUAAUUCUUGAGUGGAUAGCAAUAACCAGCUCCAGGCAUAUGAAUGCCAUCAUAAGUUAAACUAAACCCUUUGCCUCACAUUAUUGUCCACAGUUUGGGUUAAAUCUACAGGGGAAACUACUGCUGCAAAGGAAGUGUUGUGUCAUUUGGUUAAACUGUGCUGCUUCCUUUUCCUCUUUUGUCAUUCCUUGAGUUGAGAGCAAACAAGGGUACGGCACAUGAAAAUAACUACUACUUAGAACCUCAAAUACUUGGAUUUUUUUGUCCAUGUUGAGCGGGACCCAAGGAACCAUUGAGGUUAUCGAAUGGAAACUGUACUGUAAAAGAAGCAUGGUGGCUUGAAAGAACAUCUGUUGUGUACUUUCGAUGGACCCCUGACUUCAUUGGCCGUUGGGUUUGAGGUAAAGAAGACAACACCAGCUUACGCUGUAGCAAUGCUAAAGUGACGCCAGCAUUGUAUCUAGAAGUGCUCAAGACCUUUAAGUUCUGUAACCAUCUAGUGCCCCGUUCAAAGACUCAACAUAAAUUCCAGCGACGCUGACCAUGAGGGCGGAGAGUUUAUUAUUGGCAUUGCAAUGCCUGUUGGGAUUUGUGCAAUAUAGUGGAGCAUUGUCAACAUGCAGUCCUUUAGACCUUGAACUAAUAAAGAGAAAGCGCAUAGAGGCCAUUCGAGGACAGAUUCUCAGCAAGCUACGACUGUCUAAGGAACCAGAAGUAGAUGAGGAAGAGGUGAUAGACAGCAUCCCAGCAGAGCUCAUCUCAGUGUACAACAGCACCGUGGAGCUAAAUGAGGAGCAGGCGGCAACUCCUGUACACCAACCUAUAGAAGAUCCUAUAGAGGAGGAAUACUACGCUAAGGAAGUUCACAAAUUCUCCAUGAAACUAAUGGAGGAAAACACGGACAUGCUCUUAUGGUUCAACAUCACAGAUAUAAGCCACAAGUUGGGUUUAAACUGCACAGUCUCCCAGGUGGAGCUCCGUAUGCAAAUCAAGGAUGUUUCAAUAGCUCCUGAUUCAGAGAAGAGACUGGAGCUAUAUCAGGUCACUGGGAACAAAUCACGCUACCUGGAAUCACGUUUCAUUUCCAGUCAAAUGACCGGCAAGUGGCUGUCGUUUGAUGUCACACAGACCUUGAAGGACUGGCUGCAGAGGAAUGAGGCAGAGCAAGGAUUUCAGUUGAAGAUGGCUGAUAAUUGUGAGCCUCAGAAGCAGUUUUCGAUCAGAAUAAAAGGUUUGUCUCGUCCAAGAGGUGAUAAAGCCAGUUUAGCAGAAAGUAUGCCUAGGCCUCACAUUUUGGUAAUGUCACUUCCUCUUGACGGUCAGAGCUCAUCAAAAUCUCGCAGAAAACGUCAAACGGAAACAGAUCGAGUUUGUACCGAUAAGUCUGACAGCUGCUGUGUGAGGAGUCUGUACAUUGAUUUCCGCAAAGACCUGGGCUGGAAGUGGAUACAUGAACCUUCUGGUUAUUAUGCCAACUAUUGCACUGGCUCUUGCUCUUUCGUCUGGGCUUCAGAAAAUAAGUACUCUCAGGUUCUUGCACUGUAUAGGCAACACAAUCCUGGUGCAUCUGCUCAACCCUGCUGUGUACCGCAGGUUCUAGACCCACUGCCCAUCCUUUACUAUGUGGGCCGCCAACAUAAGGUAGAACAGCUGUCAAAUAUGAUUGUGAAGACCUGCAAGUGUUGCUAAAAGCUCUGUCACCGUUUGGUCCUGAUGAGCAAAAUCAAGAGAGGAACAUCUUGAGGCAACUGUAACCCAGUAUUUUUUGAGGGGAACUAUUUUAUUCCCUGUCCUUUUCAUUUUCUUUGACUCCACUGAUACCACACUUAGAUGCAUUGAUUGUUUUAUACGGUUGUACAUUUAUGUUGUGAAUAACACUCUACAUAUGCUGUACUUGUUGUCAUAAAAGUGGUCAUAUUCACUGUUUGAUAUAACGGUGCCCAUAGUGUUUACUAUUAUUUAGCAGAAAAUCAAAUUGUGAAUUAAAACGUUCAUCACAGUUCAGGUGUAGAUUAUUCUGUCUCUUUUAUCAGUUGCAUUUAGAAACUAUUGGACAUAUGUGUACUGUACAGAAGGUAUUAAGUGGAAUAUAAUAAUUGUCUGUUGAUAUCUGUACUUCUAGGUCAACAAGCAUUGCUUACUUAUUACUUGCUGUUGACAUUGAAAACAUUAUUUUAAAUUUGUGCUUGAAAAUUAUUUUAAUUAUUAAUUCAUUUUAAUUAUUAAUUUAAUUAUUAAUCCAUCUGAAAACACAGAAUACACUGUUUUAAUACAUUAGAUCCAGAAUUCAGCACUGUUGCUACACUGUAGAUCAGGGUUUUGCAAGUCUGUGCUGUUGGUGUAAUUUUAUUUGCGGUAUACUGUAUUUGUGAUCACCACUGAUUGUUUUUUAGUGCAUGUUGUUGUGCUGUUUUUCCCAGAAUCCACAUUUGUUACAGGUGUUCAGGAAAGACAAUUUCCUGCCAGCUAUUUUGUUGUGGCUUUAGAGCUGGCAAGGCUUUUUCUUGUUUAUUUUUAUAAAGGAUGUGAAUUAAAAGUUUCUACACUGCA